AUGAAACUCCUUGAUAACGAGAGCUCGUCUGGCCUGCUCGACCUAACACCAGACGUCCUGCGAGGACUACUUGAGGCGGCUGAUAUUGCAGAAGAGAGUUUGUUGCACAGUAUAGUUGAUUAUACACCACCAAACGUGUAUGAUCUCGUAGACGAAGAAAUGAUUUACAGCAAAGCUCAGCAGGGCCAUCGGGAAUGGACUUAUAGGAGAAUCCUGUGCUCUAAGAACUUUAAGACUGAGGGUAAAAUCCUAAGAGAAGAGAUAGCUGUCUUCACGAGAAAUCUGCUUAAGAAAUCGUACCAUCCAUCUUUACUCGAAGCCUUUACAUCUUGCAAGCUCAUCCCGCUCGACAAGAACCCUGGAAUCAGACCAAUUGGUGUUAGAGAGGUCCUCAAUUGGUGUUAGAGAGGUCCUAAGGCGAAUAGUGGGAAAAACGGUCAGUGGUUUCUUAGAGGAGGAAAUAAAAGAAGCAGCAGGUCUCCUACAAGUUUGUGCUGAUCAUAAUGCAGGAGCGGAGCCUGCGGUACAUGCAAUGAGCCAAGUGUUUGAAGAAGAAGGAACAGAUAGGAUUCUGUUGAUCGAUGCAAGUAACGCCUUUAACCAAAUGAACAGGUCAGCGGCUUUGCACAAUAUCCAGAUCGUGUGCCAAGAAAUGGCGCUCUAUAUAAUAAGCACCUAUAGAAGCCCAUCUAGACUGUUUAUCUGUGGUGGAGGUGAAGUACUUUCACAAGAAGGCACUACGCAGGGGUAUCCCCUGGCGACGCCAUGGAACUCAGUCAAUACAUAUAUAAUGAUUGAGAAUCUUAGGGCGCACUGCCCGAUCGUUAAACAGGUGUGGCUUACAUACGACUCUGCUGAAGGAGGGAGAGUCGCCCAGUUGUAG